GAACGAGCACGCACGCUGCGACGUGCGCAGCCCAGAGAGCGCAAGAGAUAGAUGAAUGGGCUCGUCUCGCAGCAGCACCAACAGCAGCACUGCGCCCCUCUUCUCCUCAUCAAGAUCGAAUUGUUGUACUAUCGAUAACGCAUUGGCUCCUCGGGGCUAGCUGAUUAGAAGCUAGAAGGAGACUAAAGUCGGUGAACGGCGGCAUGGGGCGCGCGUGAGGUGGUGGUGGAGGCGGGCGGAUCAGCGGCACUAAACAAGGAAGCUGACGGACGGACUGACGACGAGCUAACGCAGCUAGCUGGCUGGACGGCUAAAUAUUGUUGCUAAUGUACGAGGCACGAGCAUGCGAGCUGAUAGCCAGAGCUGACUCGUUGUGGGAUGUCGGGCAGUAAGGCGCUGGGCGGGGGGGCGAGGCGCAGGAGGACGCGGUGCCGCCGCUGCCAGGCGUGCACCCGCAGCGAGUGCGGCGAGUGUCACUUCUGCAAGGACAUGAAGAAGUUCGGCGGGCCCGGAAGGAUGAAGCAGUCCUGUCUGCUCCGGCAGUGCACGGCGCCGGUGCUGCCGCACACGGCGGUGUGCCUGGCCUGUGGCGAGGCGGGGAAGGAAGACACGGUGGAGGGUGACGAGGAGAAGUUCAGCCUGAGCCUGAUGGAAUGUACCAUCUGCAAUGAAAUCAUACACCCGCGCUGCCUCAAGAUGGGCAAAGCGGAGGGCAUCAUCAAUGACGAGAUUCCCAACUGCUGGGAGUGUCCCAAGUGCCACAAGGAGGGAAAGACCAGCAAGGAGCAGGCGGACAUGUUGGCCAAGCGGCGUCUGGACAACGGCGAACUGGGCCGCUGGAAACUGACGGACGAGCCGCCGCCCAAGAAGGAGGCACCCAGGCCGGACGGCAGCCACAAGAGGAGGAAGGAGACUCUGCCCUCAGACGGCGGGCCCAAGAAGAAGAUGAAGGGUGCGCACGAGAAACGUCUCAAAAAGAAGCCCAAACAGGAAGGAGCAGAGUCGAUAGGCCCAGCCUCCGCAGCGGGAGUGGCUCCUCUGGGCUCGGCCUCCUUGUCAGCUUCGGGUGAUGGUGUUGGAGGGGGGUCGUCCAGUGCAGAGCAGCGCUCGCAUCACCGGGAAAAAUUGGAACGCUUCAAGAGGAUGUGCCUGCUGGAGCGCCGGCCCGACUCGUCGUCGUCGUCGUCCUCCAGCUCAGAGUCGGACUCUGAGUCGGACUCGGACGACUCUCUGCGCGGGGGUGGAGCCUCCUCGCCCUCCUCGCCGCCGCCGCCUCCCGUCGCCCACGGCAACAGCAGCUUGGCCCGACCGGAGAAGACCCGCAGCGAACGGGACCGGCGCCUGGCGGAGUUGGGCUUCAGCGCCAGCGACGAGUCGGAGGAGGAGGACGAGGAGCGGGAGGAGGAGCGGGCGGGAGACAAGACGCGGCGGAGAGGAGAUGUGCCCGGAGCCUUGACGCCGCGGGGCAGAAAAGCCAUGCUGGAUGGGGACGAGGCCGAUCCGCCGCCCUCGGACAGAGUCGGGAAAAAUUUGUCAUCCCUCUCGUCACCCUCGCCGCUCUCAUCCAAUCAGAUGGCUCCGUCCUCGCAGCGCAGCAACGGGCAGGAGGCGCGCAACGGACGCGUGCGUGGCGAGAAAGAAAAUGCCAGCAGCCUGCUGACCAAUCACAGACACAGCGGGAUGGGAGGGGGCGGGACCAAAGGUAACAAGAGUCGGCAGAGGAACUCUGUCCCCGCCUCCAAUGGGGGGCGAGGCGGCGGGCCGUUGGUGUCAGCCACAGCGGCAUCGCCCUGCUCUGGGGCAGCGGGGCGUUCGCACGUGAUGAAGCGCAGCCCCCCUGCUGUGCCGUCUCCGCCGCGUCCCAUCCAGAUGGAGCGCCACCUAGUGAGGCCGCCUCCCACCUGCCCCGAGCCUAGCUGCCUGCCGCUGGAUUCAGGCCGCACCCACGUCAUGACGCGUGACACCUGGCUGCGGGUCUUCUCCUUCCUCAGCCAUCGUGAGCUGUGCCUGUGCAUGCGUGUGUGUCGCACGUGGAGCCGCUGGUGUUGUGACAAACGGCUGUGGAGUCGGAUCGACCUGAGCCGACAGCGCUCCAUCACGCCACCCAUGCUCAGCGGGAUCAUUCGUCGACAGCCUGUCUCGCUCAACCUGGGACACACCAACAUCUCCAAGAAGCAGCUUCUCUGGCUCAUCAGCCGCCUGCCGGGUCUGGCGGAGUUGACGGUGGCAGGCGUAGCGUGGCCGGCGGUGUCGGCGUUGUGUCAGGGCGUGCGGUCUUGUUUGCGCAUGUUGGACUUGAGCGGCGUGGACGACUUGAAGGACGCACACCUGAGGGAGCUGCUGGCCCCGCCCUCCGAUAGCAGGACAGUACGUGGUGGUGGCGGUGGCUCGGAACCGCGGGUAGGGCGCUUCCACAACGUGACGGAGCUGCGGCUGUCCGGGCUGGACCUGACGGACGCGGCGUCCCGCCUGCUGGUACGCUUCGUGCCGCGUCUGGCCAAGCUGGACCUCAGCCACUGCGCCAACGUGUCGGACCACAGCGUGGCCACGUUGGCGGCGCCCGCCUCGCCGCUCAGACACACCCUCACGCACCUCAACCUGGCAGGUUGCGUGAAGGUGACUGAGCAGAGCGUCCCACUGUUGCGCCGUUGUCCGUCCCUGCAGACGGUGGACCUUCGCUCGUGCUCGCUGCUCCCCGCCGAAGCGGGACAACUCCUCUGCUUCCCCACGCAGCCGUCCUCGUCCUCGUCUUCUUCCUCGUCCGCGUCCUCCGUCGCCAACGCCACGCUCGCUGCUUCCACUUCCUGUCCGCCCGAGGACAGGAUGCUGCUAAAGAACAGCUAAAUGCUAAGUGCCCUGUGGCAUCAUGGGACAAUUGAGGACACUACAGGUGAGGAGGAGGAGGAUGAGGAGAAACGUGUUGGCAUACCUCUGAGCAUGUACAUACUUGUUCUCUGUACAAACGUGCGUGCGUGUGUGUUAUUUCUGUGUUUUCAUGUGAAUGAGCGCGCACACCCCAAGAGACCGCCACUUUCAUGACCCCUGACCCAAAGCCGUAGAAAUGAAAUGACAUGCGUCGGUGCCAUCGUUUCCCCCAGCCUGACAUCACAACGCAACGCACCUUAGAUACACAAGUUGAUGUUAAUCUAAUUCAACCAUCAUGGUCACUGAGUACAGAAGAAAUGACUUGAUUGGGAACCUCAAGUCAUUUUUUUUGUCACCAAGGCAAGCCAAAUGUGUCAGCGGAACAAAAAAGGAACCACAAAUCCACUCCAAAAGGCCAAAGAACAUCCAAGGCAAAUCCAAAGCCACCAAUCGAGACAUGGUGUCCGCCACCCAUGUGAUGUAGUUUUAACCAGUGCAGAUCAGUGCGUAGCGUCCACACUUUGGUUUUUACGGCUUUGGCCCCCGUUCACCUUCUUGUCGGCACAACUGCAGGAAGUCUUUCGUCUUGUCAACACAUCUUUGUGCUGUAAUAAGCUGUCAUACGCUCCCGAAGCUAAACUCUCCUAAGUUACAAUGCCGGCGGAUGCUAGUCUUGCAUUUAAAGGGGAACUAAACCAAAGAUCUCACUGUUGUUCUAUUUUAAAUGUCCAUAUCAUCAUUUAUCUGAUGCUUUUUACAUAAAAAAUACAAAAUAUUUAUUCUAUUAAUAAUAUCCCAUUAUUAUUCACUCCUAGUUAUUAAGUAAGCGGCCUCCUUUUCGACAUCACUUUGUCUGCGGCUCAAGUACGAUUUUGUUAAACCUUAUACGUUCAUGACUAAUUCAAUUUAUUACUCCACGAUGGCAGGCACAUCAUUUAUUCUUUCAAAAAAUGGUUUAGGUUUAGUUCCUCUUUAAGGAGAUGCCCUCCGUUGAAAAUGACGGCGUGGAGCGUAAUGAUUCAAGUUAGCAUAGCUAGCUUAGCACCAAAAUUUGGCUGUGCUGGCUUUUGCAUGUUAGCAACAGUAAUUGAAGAAGACAAGUUACACAAAAUGUUUUGGCGGCAAAUGUUAGAGGACACUUCCGACAUGUUUUUUUUUUUUUUUGAAAAAGCCAUUCCAUGCUAACUAUCUUGUAUUACAUCAACUUGAAUAGCAGCAAGCUAACAGCGCUAGCAACAGUUCAACCAUUGCCACGCUAUGAAUCGGUUAACAAAAUUUUACCUGAGAAAAUUUGCCAGCUCAUUAGCAUAUUAGUGGAGCAGGGUCUCAAGAUAGGGUUGGGUUUGUACGCUACUGAUGGUCGAUCAAAAGUUAAAAGGAUCAACGUACAGAAAAGAACAAACGUGAACCAAAAGUUGAACUAAGCUUCAUUGUUUUGUAUUGUUUACACAAAUCUUUGACUGUUGGUCGGACAAAACUGUGACAAAUUGUGGCUGUUGAGCAGCAGUCGGUCAAAUCGGUCUUUAUUUUACUUGCUAGCGGCACUGGCAGGAUGCUAGCUAGGGUUUGGUUCCUGUUAGCUAUGUUGAUCACUAAAAUAUAUAGUCCACUUUAUGAAAAAUACGUAUGUAAUGAUGAGGGACUAAUCGAUUAAUCGUUACAGCCCUGUAGAGUCAGCUAUGUAAUCCGCUAUUUAAAAAAUCUUAAGAGUGAAUUUUGGAGUUGUUCAUUAGGAACUUUCCGGGUUCACUGGCAAAAAAACAAAACAUGGUCAUACACGAGCCGGAUGCUAGCAGGAUUGGCUUCCCGUUAGCCGUGUAGUGCCAUCACGUUCGCUGGUCCACUUAUGUGUUUAUUGUGUGUGUUUUUAAUUCUACCUUUCAUGUCUGGUGAAGGUUAGCCUGCAAGCUGCCUGGCAACAAGUGAGGAGAUGAAAUCUGAUUGGACCAAGGUCCUCCUAGCUCUUAUAUAUUUAGCUGUACACACGCUGAAUCAACAUAUUGUACUUCUGAAUGUUUUCGAAUGCACUGGAUCAUCAGUACCUUUCAUCUAUCCUCCUUUGCCAAAAUGUGUUUUCCUUGUGAAAAGGGGCAUUUUUUAUUUGAUUUGUGUGUGUGUGUUCUUGUUGUUCUUAUAUUUUGUCCAUAACUCUUCUGUUGUGUUGAUGGGAAGAUGAGGAGGGAAGUUGGGAAAAAAAAAUAUCAAAAGAGCAACUCAAGGCAGCUAUAACAUAUAAAUGACUACUGUAAAACUAAUAAAGAAGCAAUGAGUUGUUGUUUUUUUAA